GGCUGGUAAACGAAAAAUGGCAUCUGUUUUGGGAGUUAGAAACAAAGUUUUACCUGUGAUUGAGGCAACUUUACCACAUUUCAGACGAUGCAGAAAACGUGGAAGACUUGCAAAUAUAUGUCAAAAUUUUUGUUCUGGCGGAUCACAUGACAUGCAGGAGCCUCAAUUUGGAUUUUUAUUCGACAUUGACGGCGUUAUGGUACGGGGACGCAAGGUCUUGCCAUCAGCUCGAUCGGCGCUGCGAUUAUUGACGGACGGACAUGGACAUUUCCGAGUUCCAACAAUUUUUGUCACAAAUGCUGGCAAUACCCUGCGACAGAAUAAAGCAUCGCAGUUGUCCGAAUGGUUGGGUAUUGAGAUCCAGCCACAACAAGUUGUGAUGUCGCACAGCCCCCUGAAGAUGUUCACGCAAUUUUUCGACAAACAUGUCUUAGUUUCUGGUCAAGGUCCUGUUCUAGAAAUCGCUCACAACCUAGGAUUUCAACGAGUCACAACAAUCGAAGCGCUCCGGCAUCGGUUCCCGAAUUUGGAUGUGGUGGAUCACAGGCGACGGAAAGCUCCACCAUGCGCAUUUGAAAAAUAUUUCCCCAGAAUAGAUGCUCUACUUCUCUUCGGAGAGCCAAUCCGAUGGGAGACGAACCUGCAGCUCCUUGUCGAUGUGCUACUCACCAAUGGGCAGCCAAGUCAAGCGCCACAGAGUAUCAGCAAACCCCAUAUACCCGUGCUAGCCUGUAAUAUGGACCUAUUCUGGAUGGCUGAGGCGUGUAUGCCCAGAUAUGGCCACGGGACAUUCAUGUUAUGCCUGGAGAGUUUAUACCGGAAAAUCACGGGUAAUGAACUGAAGUACACAGCCCUCGUUGGUAAACCUAGCGAACUAACGUAUCACCAUUCUGAAUUCGUCCUGACACAGCAAGCUAGGGAAAUGGGCAUCGAGGCUCCUAUACGAACAGUCUACUGUAUAGGUGAUAAUCCAGAGACUGACAUCUACGGUGCCAAUCUCUACAACCGUUAUCUUAGAAGUCAAUUGACGAGACGGAGAAAGAAAUCGCAGCAAGGUGGCGGUGUACGCGAAACUAGUAUACGAAGUGUGGCAGACAUUUUGGAUUGGGAAAAUGACUAUGGAACGGUUGAGAGUUUUGAAUCAAUUCUGGUCUUCACCGGUGUCUACAGCUCUAAUAACGACUAUAAUCCCAACGAUGGAGUAAAUUUUAACCACCGCGAUUUCCUAUUGUAUCCAGAAUUAAAAAAGCCCACCCACGAGGCGAAUAAUGUCCUUGAAGCGGUGAAAUUAGUCUAUGAACGUGAAGGUUUCAGCUGAUUGUGAUAUUUACGAGCAUUGAAUUGUAUGGUGGGUGUCCCUCUCUACAAAUUGAGACUUUUCAAGCCCUUUGUGAUGUUGAAUUGUUGUCUCUGUGCAGUGCUUUCUUAUACGCGUUAUAAUUUGACUGGGGCCUCAUAUUCUGGGUUUUCGAUGAGAGUUUAUUUUUGUAAAGCUUAGCUGGUUUGUCGCAUUGUAAAGAUUGAACCAGGGUUGGGUCUUGAAAUUGAAACUCCGUGGGUACUGAAUUGAACACCUUAAAAAAGCAUGUCUGCUCUUCCUAACUUGAGUGAAUUUCCUUCUGAAAGUUUAAGAAAUAUGGUUGCACAUUUGCUUGGGAUGAAUUGGGUGGGAGAGGAUUCAAAAAUGAUAAAAUAUGACACAAUUUAUUGUAGGUAUCAUUGUAGCUUAUGGCAUUUACAAUUGCUUCUGACAGGCGAGGUGAAAUUCCUUGCUCGUUGACUCAAAGUGAGAAAUACCAUACCUAGUCCUGGUGGGGCUUAUAUAAGUUUACCUUUGACGAAAGGGACCAAACUUAAGUACAGUUCAAUCAACUGUAACUAUGGCUUCAAAUGAGCGCACAUGUCAUAUGGUCAGAUAUUUUUCUGACUGUCAUCGUUUGCGUAACAUUUUCGUGUAUUCUCCUUGUGAUAAGUCGCCUUUAUUCACAAAGGUUUAUCUUUGACAAUGUGAUCUAAAUGUCAUGCGUAUAAUUCUAUCUUGUCAGUUGUAAAUGCUCCACAUUAAGAGUUUGACGGCAAUAUGCAGGGCUCAUCUUGAAUCCUCACGGGUUACGAUUCAAACAGUUCUGAUGAACAGAUCGAUUUGUUGAUGUUAACCCUUGAAAUUCCAGAUGGAAGCGCACUGCAGUUAGCUCUCAGGUCACUGAAAACAGGGUAACAAAUAGUGCUUUAUUAGACUUUAGUAGGCGGCAAUGAUCUCAGAGUAUUCUGAGGAAGUUUUGCCUUGGAGAAUGACAGUAAAAUAUCCGGGUUACCUCAAUAAGAAUUGCUCCGGCGUUCGUUUAAUAGUUCUAUUCAAUUUGUUAUGAUCUCAACCGAAAAUUUGUACCGGUGAAAAUGUGUACCGGUUUUUCAAUUACCUAAAAGUUGAAUAAUGCAGAAUUUAGUGCAAUUUAGUCACUUGCAUUAACAGUCCCCAGAUUGUGAACCUGAAACUUUUCGAAAUUGCAAAUUGUGCUCUAAUAUUUGGCAUAUGAAUUCUUGCAUACAUGUAAUAUUAUUGCCAGUUUGUAAGUGCAUAUUAGCAGGUUGAGUUGAACUUUUUUUUGUUCUUAAAAAGUACAAGCUCUAGCAAAAGGAUCCGCAUGUGAAAAAGGGGAAAAGUGAGAAUGAUUUAAUGACUUUUUUGAGUAAGUUCAACUAUGCCUAGAGGUGUUAAGAGACAACGAAAGCCAUGUCAUAUGGCAAAUAAGUUGCUCAUUAAAAUGCUUUUUCUACUUGUCCGAGUAACCUAUCUUUGGACAAGGUUUUUUCUGCUCUUUAGGGUUGACCAUAGGCACCACCAUUUUGGCUGGAACUUGAAAUCAUAACGCAAUGAGAACUCCGACAAAAUGAAGUGAAGUGACUACCAAUGUCAAGGCUGUGAGUCUGUUCUCUGGUAGGCAAAGAACUGACUCCCACCCUUGAAAUGGGCUUUCACUCUGUUCUGGAAGAGUUCUGAUUGCUUUUGUUCUAGCCAAAAUGGUGGUACCUUAGUCAAUCCUUAACUUUAGAGAGUGAUGUAUUGUGAAGUGUAUUUCUUAGUCAAUCCUCAAUAGACCUUCAUGUAUCAUGCAUCAUUUUAAAGAUUCUUGUCCGAGUAUUGUCCCAACUCAUUUUCAGAAUGUUUGUACAUGUGUACCUUUAGCCAGAGAGCGGGUCACAAAUGGCAUUAACUCACUGUUGUUUUUAAACCGACCAUAGACUAUUAUGCAACUAUAUAAGUACAGUGGAACCUCUGUUAGCGGACACCUCUCUAUUAAGGACAUUAGUUUUGGUCCCAAAUUGGUUGUUUCCAUUCAAUUUGACCACUCUAAUCAGGACACCUCUCUAGUAAGGACACCACUUGUCAGUCGCGAGGGUGUCCUUAAUAGAGAGGUUCUACUGUACUAUAUGGAAAAUUGGUUUGGUGGUCAACAUGGUGUGUUUGUCUUGUAAUGUGCAUUAUGUUACAUCAAGUCGUGUAAUUGUCCAAGGCCAGACAAGAUUGUCUAAAUAUGUCUAAUUAGGCACAUAUUUGAUGACACCCCAAUUGAUCUAAUCAUUUUCACAAGUCUGAAGAAGUUAGUUGUCUGUCUGUGUGUGGUGGCCUUGUGUCCUAAAACUUUCAAAAUCAUGUCAUGUUGCCUUUGGGGAAUUGGAUUAACCUUUUUCUACAAGUUUAAAUUUUUUAUGUCAGAGCUUUUGCUCUCUAGGAUUUCGCUCUACAUUUCGUAUGCCUGUGGUCAUCUUGAUUGUAGAGAUUUUUUCAUCAUGGGUUUCUUUAACUAUACUUCAAAAACUCGGACAUGUCUGGAACACUUUGAAAAUGUCAAGAUUUCUGGUUUUUCGUCUGAUAUGAUAUUUAUUUCAACAAGUAUGGAUUAAUCUAUACUUGAUUUCGCAAGAAGUCGACAUUGCACAUUUUCACCUUCAGUUGGUUCCUUGAGUGUGAAAAGAGAGAAAAUGUUUUAUCAUUGUUGUUGAUUUCAUAAACACUGUGUUCAGAGUGAUUUGCUUGUGGUUUUAAAGGACCGUUUUGACCCCCCAUAAUAAGCUGUAAACCUGAAAAGGUAUUUUCUUCCCGCUCCGUACAGUCAAGUAUCAGUAAAGACUAGUCUUUAUCAGUUUCUUGGUAUAAUGUUAUGUGCCUUCCUCUUCUGGUGAGAUCAUCAUCAAUAAAGUCGUCAUUUCCAGUGGAACCUCCCUUAGGAGACACUCCUGUUUAGCAGGACACCUCCCUAUUGAGAGCAGUGAAUUUGGUCCCAAAAAGAUAACUUCCUCACAAUUUGUUCUCUGCAUUCAUAACACCUCUCCAUCAAGGACAGCAUUUGUCAGUCGCAGUGUGUCCUUAAUAGAGAGGUUCUACUGUAUAUCGUUUGUUUUUGACAUUUGAAAAUCAUGUUGUUACCGUAUAACCCGGUACUAUUGUUGCUGACUCUGUUAUUGACUUGAGUUGCUCAGUAUGUGUUCAGUACAUGUAUAUAAUGAAUCAAUUUUGAGGUGAGGUGGUCUUCAUGUGCACUGAUCCUUGCUCUGACUGAUGGAAAGUACCGACUAAAAGGUCGACCACACAGCAAAGGGAUUAAUACAACUGGUUGAAGUCUUUUGUUAGUAAAAUAAUUUUGUAUCGCUCCUAGUAAUAAUGAUUAUAACUGGUCCUGGUACUAAAUAUAACUGGUUCUAUAAAAUAUUGUGGUCCCCAACUUCUUUUAAAGCUGAGCCUGUAGUAAAUGUAUGUGUAUUGCACAUUGUUAUGCUAAAUAUCAUUUUCUAUGAAAACUAUUUUUCAUCAUUCAUAUUUUCCUUUGUAAAUAGUCCAUUAACUUAUGCAUCACUUGCAGAUUCUGUCAAUAAUAAUGAAGUGAUAAUAAAUCCCACAUAUGA